ACAUGCUGAAGAUAUAUCCUUGCGUAAACAGCAACUAAUACAUAGUAUUGUUUCUUCUGAGAUAAUAUCUGAAAAUAAUACUUCAGAUAGAAAGUCAAAGAAAAGAAAACUAGGAUCCAGCUCUAGAUCUGUUCGAGUAUCUGAUUUAGUCAAUAUUAUUAGGAUAGAGACUAGCUUUUCAGCUAAUAAAGUUGGUAUAACUGAUAUUCUGAUAAAAAAAGUAGAUGAAAUGAAUGACUUACAAGUUAAGCUUGCACAAAAUCAUAAAUAA